UGGGCAUUGAUUUUGCAAAUAUCGAAAUCGAAAUACUGUUUAAAUACCUUUUAGUGGGAUUAGAAUUAAAAGUCAGUCGAAUUUGUCACUGUUUUUAAAUUAUUUGGGCGUAUGGUGUGCAAUCGGUAUAUGCAUGCAACAAAAAUGGAAUACGAAAAAAUUUUGACUGAUUUGAAAGUGCUGAAGAAUUUUACCGAGAAUUCUGAAAUUUUGAUUGAAAGAAGUCUUAAUAUCUUUGAUUUGAUGAGUACAAUUGAAAUUUCUGAUGAAAUAGUAGAAGAAUGCAUUGGCCAACUGCUCAGAAUUCAGCUUUCGUUUUGCGAUUAUAGAGAUGACGAACGGGUAAAGCGUUUUUUAAAAUGGCUUUGUGAUGUUUAUUCAAUAAAUAGCGCUGUCGAGUGUUAUGCAUUAAGAGCAAUAACAAAAGUUGUCAAGGUAUUCCCAAAAUAUAAGAUGAUGGUUUUCAAUGAACUAUUUCAUCCACAAUCUUUAUUGUACAGUCGAUUGAAAAAUGAUAAUGCGGGAAAGAAAUGUGAUGAUUAUGUUCUAUCUAUUUUGGAAUGUAUAGAUUUGAUCUUUAAUGAUACAGAUGACAUAAACCGCUCAGAUUGGCAAGUGGUGACUCUUAAAGCUGUUUUGGAGUUUAUGAUCAGUAUGCACAAUUUAUCAAAUUUUAAAGCGUGUAAAGUCCCACAAAUAAUACUUUAUUCUUUAAUUUUGAUAAAGAAAUUGCUUUCCUUGUGCCAUGAUGACAUUAACCUCUUCAUUACGGAUCUAUUGGAAAUAUCUCUGGGAUAUAUGUUUUUUGGAAACCCAAUUGGAGCAGGGAGGCAGACCAGACCUCUGAAAAUAAAUUUCUCGCAACAGUACUCUCAAAACACACCGGAUGAUUUAGCCGCAGACGAGCCAAAAGCGUAUAAGAUUGGAGGAAAAUCUGCAAAACAGAAAAGAUGUCGAUUAACAAGAACCAGGGGAAUUGUUAAUGCUUUAGAAUCUGCUUUUAAAAACGAAAAAUCUUUAGAGGAUAAUUCCAUGCUUAAUUCAAAAAAUUACUUCGAUGUAAAUCAAUACGAUGUCCAUCAAACUGAUAUCAGCGCUAAAAUACGUAUUACAUCAAUAUCGCUGUUUGGCGAUGUAACUAGAUCUAUGGAACGACGAUAUCUUUAUUCAUAUUGGCAAUCCAUUUUCCCGUGCGAUAUAGCCGAUAGUAUAAAUGGUCGCAAUGAUAUCCUUGUCGUAUGCCAAACUGACGAAAAUAUGCAAUGCCGCUGUGCAGCUCUUCAUGUUUGUACUGAUCUGUUUUUAAACUCCAGGGAUUUAUUCAACCAAGCAGAAUUCAAAGUUACAACUACGGCAUUCGUUCCAUUUUCUCAAAUGCUUGGUUUAACUAUUAUGUUAGCUUAUAAAACGCUUAUUAUAAUUAUUGAAAAAGAGGACUCAAUACCUGUUAUAAUGCAAGCAUUAAAAUGUUCAGCGGCCUUAGUUCAAGUAACUCCAUUUGUUAAAUUUGAAUGUGACUUAGUUUAUAAUUUUGUGAAUACGGCUAAAAAGCUUGCCUCUCACACUGAUUUCCGUAUUCAAAUUUCUGCGUUAACAGUGUUGGAAUAUUUGUUAAUGGAACCAGAAAUUUGUAUUGGAUUACUUGAAGCUUUAGGUAUACCUAAGGGACUUUUGAAAACAUCCAAGAAGUAUCGGAAAAAUAUUACCAACGAAACAGUUAUGAAGGACUUUGGUGUCGAAAGUGUAUACAACACUCGUGAGAUACAAGAAAAUGAAGGGACGAGUAUCGAACCAUUUUGGUUAAUUUCAAAAGUGUUUUCCAAUUUAGGGAUAAACCGUUCACAUCACGCCGCAAGGUGUCGAAAAAUAAAAACAUGUAACCCUUUACGAAUUAAAAGCCUAAAUUUAUUGUCGGCAAUGGCUACACAUUUUGAAUUAUUUUUAAGACAUCAAUUAGAGGAAUUAGCAAUUGCUUUAGAGGAUGCUUUAAAUGAGGAUCAAUUUGAAUUUCGGUUGACCGGAUCGAAAUGCCUAGAUGCAUGUGUAUUUCAAAUGAGUGAGUUUUUAAAAAACACUGUUAAAGUUGAAAAUAUUGAAACAUGUAAACACUUCUGGACUCGUAUGGUGCCUGUCAUAAUGCAUAAAAUAAGUAAAGAAAAAGAAUCAACUGUUAAAAUAGUAUUGUGUGAAUCAUUAAGUAACAUUGGCAUGCUUGUUUUUGAAAAUUUAACACAGUCCAUCCGAAUGACUUUGCUAAGCUUUUUAACUAGUGUUAGCAGUGACCCUGUAGAGGAUGAGAUAAUUCGUGCCACAGUUGUGCGCGCACUAUCUGUUUUCGUGACUUUUCCGUCAAUGCGUAUUGAUCUUGUUUUUAUCGAAAAUACUGCAGAACUGAUUUUGCGAUUAGCAAAAAGUAGAAAUAUUGCCGUACGCAUUAAAAUUUUUUGGGCUAUGGGGAACGUUACCGACGCCUUGGUGGAAAAUAAUAUGGAAAUAUCAAAUGAACCUAUUUCGGAUGAAAUUUUGUGGAGCUUGAUUAGAAACUCUACGUAUGCGUGCAUUGAUAAUGAUAAGGUUCGCUGCAACGCAGUCAGAUCUCUUGGGAAUUUAUUGCGCCUGCUUUCGGAAAAACAUUUUUGUAAUUUGUCGGAUAGAACUUUGAUUAAAUGUUCUAUAAAUAAGCUAAUUGAGAGUAUACGCAGUUCAGGAUCUUCAAAAGUCAAAUGGAAUUCAUGCUAUGCAGUCGGAAACAUGUUACAAAAUGAAAAUAUAUUCUUAUCCACACAAAUUAUAAAGUUAAAAUUAAUGCAACAACUGCUAUAAUACAUAUUACUAAGCGAAAAUAUUUCGGAGAGCACUAUGGAAUAAUAUGGAGCACAAUAAUACGAGCUAUAGAACAAUCGAACAAUCUGCAAAAUU